AUGGAUUACUAUAUCAAGGUAAAAAGAUACAUUGAAGAGGCUGCUAGAACAUUCACUGGAACCAAUGGUCGUCCCCCUGUAUUAGUCAUUGAUGCGAUGGGAGUGGUCCAAGAUUCCUAUCAGACGGAAUUCUCUAGAUGCUUGAAUUUGGAAAUUGGCGAUAUCUUUGAUGAAGCUGCCAUUGACUACUUGUCUAGAGUCAAGGAUAGAUAUGGCAACCCAAUUGAGAUCUCUUGCCCAGAAAGUGGUACUACAACUCACAGGCGGUCGAUUCCAACUCAUUAA